AGGGACUCUCACUGCGCAAGAUGGAGAGUAGGCCGGCCGGCUGCGAGACUGCACCUCCCAGCAUGCCUUGCAGCCGCGACUGGAGUCGGUACUUAGAGUGAUGGGGUUCCCUAGGUACUUUAGGCCACCGCAUCGGUUUAGAGAUUGAGGUGGAACCCGGGGCCUGGGAACUGGACGCACGCGGAGGGCGAAGAUGGAAGCCUGGCGCUGCGUGAGGAAGGGCUACGGCCACUGUGUGGUGGGAAGAGGCCGGUCAGUAGGGCUGGGUAGUUGGAGGGAGGAGAGGGGGCGGGCGGCCUGAGGGCGCGGGCGGGCGUCCGGGACUAACCCGGGGCGGGGCGGGCUAGGGGAGGAAGGAAGAGGAAGAGGGUCUGGGCGAUGGUGUAUCCGGGACGAGCCUCCAGAGACCAAGAGGGAUAGGUAAACCCGGCGAGCAGCCACCCGCACGCUGGGCCAACGAAGUCUGGGGUCUUGGCGCGGAGUUCCUGGGCCGCUGGCCAGGCUUGCGCCGGUGGCUUUGGAUCCCUGGCCCGCUUCCCCCGCCCAGCCUCCAGAGCAGCGCUGGCCUGCUCCCCACACUCCGCAGCACCGUCCCGGGAGCCGAGCGUCGGCGGGGAGGCCGCCUCUCCGCAAUACCCCAUGUUUCCCCAUCACUCGAGGAGUCUGGGCAGAGACUGGACUACACCGUGGGAGAAUCUACAAAGGUGUUGCUGGAACAGACAUAUUUCUAGUUGUAUGAGGUGGCCUGGACAUUACUAUCAAGCUCCUUACCCAUACUUCAGUAGUAGGCAUUUUUCACUAAAUUGGAGACCACCCUGUUUGUUUGAGUCUAGAACUCAGUUCCAGUACUGUAACUGGAGACCUGACAACCUGAGCCAGACAUCUUUGAUUCAUCUCUCUAGUUACGUCAUGAACGCUGAGGGAGAUGAGCCUUCAUCAAAACGAAGAAAACACCAAGGCGUGAUAAAGCGGAAUUGGGAAUAUAUAUGUAGCCAUGAUAAAGAAAAAACGAAGAUCCUAGGAGACAAAAAUGUUGAUCCCAAAUGUGAAGACAGUGAGAACAAGUUUGACUUUUCAGUGAUGUCCUAUAAUAUACUUUCACAAGAUUUACUGGAAGAUAACUCUCACCUUUAUAGACAUUGCCGGCGGCCAGUAUUACACUGGAGUUUUAGGUUUCCCAAUAUUCUGAAAGAAAUUAAACACUUUGAUGCAGACGUACUUUGUUUGCAAGAAGUUCAAGAAGAUCAUUAUGGAGCAGAGAUUAGGCCAAGUUUGGAAUCACUGGGUUAUCACUGUGAAUAUAAGAUGCGGACAGGAAGGAAACCUGAUGGCUGUGCUAUUUGCUUCAAACAUUCCAAAUUUUCACUCUUGUCAGUGAACCCAGUGGAAUUCUUCCGCCCUGAUAUUUCUCUGUUGGACAGAGACAAUGUUGGAUUAGUUUUACUCUUGCAGCCCAAAAUUGCAUGUGCUGCCUCUCCUGCAAUCUGUGUAGCAAAUACCCAUCUGUUGUAUAAUCCAAGGCGAGGUGAUAUUAAGCUGACCCAAUUGGCAAUGCUACUGGCAGAGAUUUCCAGUGUUGCCCACCAGAAAGAUGGCAGCUUCUGCCCUAUUGUUAUGUGUGGUGACUUUAAUUCUGUUCCUGGUUCUCCACUAUAUAGUUUUAUAAAGGAAGGAAAAUUGAAUUAUGAAGGACUUCCCAUAGGAAAGGUAUCUGGCCAGGAACAGUCUUCACGGGGACAAAGAAUUUUAUCUAUUCCAAUUUGGCCCCCAAACCUAGGUAUCUCACAGAACUGUGUGUAUGAGGUACAGCAGGUACCAAAAGUAGAAAAGACAGACAGUGAUCUGACACAAACACAACUGAAGCAAACAGAGGUCCUAGUGACAGCUGAAAAAUUAUCUUCAAAUUUACAGCACCAUUUCAGCUUGUCAUCUGUUUAUUCACAUUACUUUCCUGACACUGGAAUUCCAGAAGUGACCACUUGUCAUUCCCGAAGUGCCAUAACUGUGGAUUAUAUUUUCUACUCUGCAGAAAAGGAAGAUGUUGCUGGGCACCCAGGAGCUGAAGUUGCUUUGGUUGGUGGCUUGAAACUUCUAGCUAGACUGUCACUUCUUACAGAACAAGACUUAUGGACUGUUAAUGGACUUCCAAAUGAAAAUAACUCUUCAGAUCAUCUGCCUUUAUUGGCAAAGUUCAGACUUGAGCUCUGACUUCUUUGAUCACAUACUAAUUUUCUUUCCAAUUUGUAUUGUUUUUCAAAGAAUGUAAAGUUCUUAAGUGUAUGCAUGUUGUUUAUUUUUGCACUGUGGAGUUUCUGAGGAGGUUAUGUUAGAUGCUUUGAAACUCUAUCAGAAGAAACAACUUUAUAACAAUUUUUUUAAUAAUGAAAAAUAUUUUUCUGACAAGUGAGAUCUAAAUACUCUUUAUUGUAAAAGAGAUGUAAAGGUUUUGUAUUCUAAAUCCUAGUAAAAUUGACAGUGAUUUUUAAAUAUAAUGCAUCUUUCUUUGUCUGCUUGUAAAAAAAUUUCAUUUCAUAAAUUUUGGUGAGCUCUGUAGUGGAUCCAAAAUAUCUUUGAGUUCUUGCAAACUAUAAGCGGUUUCUUUCCAGAAGGCUUGAUUUCCUUAGGAGACCCCUCUAUUGAGUUCUAAAUAGUUUAUCUUAGAAAUCCUUGGGUCAUUCACAGGUACCCAACCAGCCAUUGUUUAGUUUGUUUUUGAAGGGGUUUGAUAAUGCUUUUUAAGUUGUACAGAAUGCUUAAUCCAUCAUAUUACUGUCCUGAGCCAUGUAAUAUGCCUGCAUCGUGUUGGGGAAAUGUUUGGGAAAUGUAAGUCAGCAUAACGUGUAAAGCUCACUCUUUCACCCUGGAACAGACAGAGGUGGGCUUAAUAGAGGCAGAGACUGGGGAUAUACCUUUGUUUCCCUAGCAUUUUUAUUUAUUUAUUUUUAAUUUAUUAUUAUUUUUUUUUGAGAUGGAGUUUCACUCUUGUUGUCCAGGCUGGAGUGCAAUGGUGCGAUCUCUGCUCACUGCAACCUCUGCCUCCUAGGCUCAAGCGAUUCUCCUGCCUCAGCCUCCCGAGUAGCUGGGAUUACAGGCAUGCGCCACCACUCCCGGCUUAUUUUGUAUUUUUAGUAGAGACAGGGUUUCUCCAUGUUGGUUAGGCUGGUCUCAAACUCCUGAGCUCAGGUGAUCUGCCCAACUCAGCCUCUCAAAGUGCUGGGAUUACAGGCGUGAACCACUGCAGCUGGCAGCAUUUUUUAAAAAUUCAGUUUUAAGAUCUCUGGGUUAGGGGAGAGAUUUUAUUUUACUGAACCAGUUCUGUAGAAAUUUAUUUUAUUAGGAAAUUUGUCUUUGGAACAAAAUGGCAGCUAUAAAAUUGUUUUUGUUAUGCCUCAGAAAUAUGAGGAAGCCUGUAAAACUCUAGUGGGAAGAUAUUAACUUGGAGUCCUAAUACUCUGUAAAUAGUCAUUAAACUGUUGGUUUUAGUGGUUUUGUUUCUAAAAUGUUUUCUUUUACAGUGAUGCACCAGUGUGAGAUGGUGCUGACACUUUCUAUGAAGUGGUUAUGAGUAGGUUUAAUAAAUCCUAUAUACAAGUGUUUGAAUUGAUUUUAAAACAUAAAAAGUGGAAAUUUCCUUUUUUGUAGACAGUAGGAACAAGGAAUUACAUACAUUUUUACUAAGUAGUAAUUUUACACUGAAUUAUAAAUGUUUUUACAGUGAGUUUUAUUAAUAGAAUGCUUCACCUUAAAUUGGAAAAUAAUAAUAGUCUUGGACUAAGUCUUUGUACUAAAGCAUUUGCUAUAAUUAUUUUUAAAAAAACAGAUGAAAACCUCAAAGAAGGCAUGUGGAUUAUAAGAUUUAUCUAGUAAAAAUUGUAAUUGAAUAUGUUUAAAUAUUUAAUUUCUCACUUUGGGGGGGUUUUUGUUUUUUAGACGGCAUCUCACGCUGUCACCCAAGCUGGAGUGCAGUGGCGCGAUCUUGGCUCGCUGCAACCUCCGCCUCCUGGGUUCAAGCAAUUCUCCUGCCUCAGCCUCCCCAGUAGCUGGGAUUACAGGUGUGCACCACCACGACCAGCUAAUUUUUGUAUUUUUAGUAGAGAUGGAGUUUCACCAUGUUGGCCAGGCUGGUCUUGAACUCCUGACCUCAGGGGUGAUCCACCUGCCUCAGGCUCCCAAAGUGCUGUGAGUACAGGCAUGAGCCACCACUCCUGGCCUUUGGGGAGAUUUUAAUUGCAGUAUUAACUAUAGUUCCAAGAUUUCCCACAUUUUAUAGUAGUAGUUUACAGAAUAUUAUGUGCCCUAAUUAGCAGAUACAGACAUUAUCAAAUUAUAAUGAUAGUAUAAUUUGAUAGUAUAAUAAUCCCCUUUUUAGUACUGGGGAAAAGAAAAAUGAAAAUUCAUUAGUUAAUUACUGCCUUGUGUUGUGUGAAUUUAUUAACAAAUAACAUUAUUACAUAUAGGUCAUUGUUAACAAACGAACAUCCCUGAAAACCUCUGUGAAAAGUUUUUAUAUCCUGAUUAAUAUAUUCUGGCCCAUUUUUCAUGUGCUUCACUUUGAUAAGAGUUAAUCCAUAAAAUUGCUCCCUACUUUAGCUUAUCAAAUGAAGUAUUAUUUUGUGGACUGGAGGCCAGAAAGUCAAUGUGAGCUUCUCACAGGUUUUUAAAGCUCCACUAAAAAUAAUUAUCCACUUGUCUUUACUUUUGUUGACCAGAAUAGUUGGUAACUCUGCCGGAGCCUCUACUUACCUGCCAAAAGCAAUUAAAUCUGGUUAAUGCCUGAAACCAAAUCUCUCAGUCUCAAGUGUUAUACUAUACAAGUUUUAAAUGGAAAGGUAAACUGUGGAGUAAUGAAAUUUUGGUUUUACUGUACAUUUUGCUAUCAAGAUAAUAUGCAUGUUUGAAAUCUUGUCUUUAUUUGUAAUUCAGUUACUGUCUGCUUUUAACCAUUUGCUUUCCUAAAGAAAGUUUGAGAUCCAGAGAGUUCAAGGGAUUGGGGAAAGAGAGGCGUCAAGUCAUUUGCACUUUGUACCUGUAAGUUAUGUAAUAAACUAUUAUACUCAUA